UGGCGGAGGCGGGCAGCCCGUGCGGGGGGGAGCCGCGCGCGCCCGAGGAGCGCGAGCUCGGGCAGCGCCUCCGCCGCCUCUACCCCGCCGUCAACCAGCGCGAGACGCCGCUGCCGCGCUCCUGGAGCCCCAAGGACAAGUACAACUACAUCGGCCUCUCGCAGGGCAACCUGCGCGUCCACUACAAAGGUCAUGGGAAAAACCACAAGGACGCGGCCUCGGUCCGGGCCACGCACCCCAUACCUGCGGCGUGUGGCAUUUAUUACUUCGAGGUGAAGAUCGUCAGUAAAGGCAGAGAUGGGUACAUGGGAAUAGGACUUUCUGCUCAAGGGGUCAACAUGAACCGGCUUCCUGGGUGGGAUAAACAUUCCUACGGGUAUCACGGUGAUGAUGGCCACUCCUUCUGCUCCUCGGGGACAGGACAGCCCUACGGCCCCACGUUCACAACUGGAGAUGUCAUUGGCUGCUGCGUCAACCUUAUCAACAACACCUGCUUCUACACGAAAAAUGGCCACAGUUUAGGUAUAGCCUUUACAGACCUCCCUUCGAAUCUCUACCCCACAGUGGGUCUGCAGACUCCAGGAGAGAUAGUCGAUGCCAACUUUGGGCAGCAGCCCUUUGUGUUUGACAUUGAGGACUACAUGAGGGAGUGGCGAGCAAAGAUCCAAAGCACCAUUAAGCGGUUUCCCAUAGGAGACAGACUAGGCGAGUGGCAAGCCAUGCUGCAGAAUAUGGUUUCUUCCUAUUUGGUUCAUCAUGGGUACUGUUCAACAGCAGCUGCCUUUGCCCGAGUAACAGACACCACAAUCCAGGAAGAGCAGACCUCAAUAAAGAAUAGACAAAGAAUACAGAAGCUAGUAUUAGCUGGCAGAGUGGGAGAGGCUAUAGAAGCCACGCAGCAACUUUAUCCUGGCCUCCUAGAACACAAUCCCAACCUGCUCUUCAUGUUAAAGUGUCGGCAGUUUGUGGAGAUGGUGAAUGGGACAGACAGUGAAGUACGUUGUUUCAGUGCCCGCAGCCCCCGAUCCCAGGACAGUUACCCCGGCUCCCCCAGUUUAAGUCCCAGACAUGGAUCAAACAACUCACAUGUUCAUAGCACUGGAGCAGAUAGUCCAACCUGUAGCAAUGGAGUCGUGUCCACAAAAAGCAAACAGAGUCGUAGCAAAUACCCAGCACUGAGUUCAUCGUCUUCAUCUUCCUCUUCCUCUUCCCCCUCAUCUGUGAACUACUCUGAAUCCAAUUCUACAGAUUCUACCAAAUCUCAGCAGCACAGUAGUACGAGUAACCAAGAAACCAGUGACAGUGAGAUGGAAAUGGAGGCUGAGCAUUACCCAAAUGGAGUCCUGGAAAACUCAUCCACCAGAAUAAUGAAUGGCACCUACAAACACGAAGAGAUCCUGCAGACGGAUGAAUCCAGCAUGGAAGACAACUGUCCUCAGAGGCAGCUCUGUGGAGGGAACCAUGCUGCCACGGAGCGAAUGAUCCAGUUUGGACGGGAGCUGCAGACGCUGAGUGAGCAGCUUUGCAAAGAAUAUGGAAAGAACACAGUGCACAAAAAGAUGCUUCAGGAUGCAUUUAGCUUGUUAGCUUACUCUGACCCUUGGAACUGCCCUGUUGGUCAACAGCUGGACCCAAUCCAGAGGGAACCUGUGUGUGCUGCUCUUAAUAGUGCUAUAUUGGAAUCUCAGAAUCUGCCAAAGCAGCCCCCGCUGAUGCUUGCCCUGGGCCAGGCCUCUGAGUGCUUGCGGCUCAUGGCUCGUGUGGGCCUGGGCUCCUGCUCCUUCGCCAGAGUAGACGACUAUUUGCACUAGCCACCAGAGCAAGACGGAGUUGACAUCCCUGAGUGCUGCCCUUCACCCUCCGUGGCUGCCACUGCAACAGCAUCUCGUCUGUGGCCUGACCUCCCUGCCACCAACGUCCCCUCCAGCACGCACACAUGCACACACACACACAGACACACACACUGCCUGUGAAAGGAUUGAGUGAUUUCCUCACUACAUGGCCAUUCCUGACCCCAGGAGUGACUGGCAGAUUUUAUCUGUCUCCCUGCUAUUGCUGCAGCUCCAGCAGCAUUCAGUAUUUUGCUGGUUAUUCUAAUAUAGCGCCUUCCAAUGUAGGGAUUUCUCUUUAUAUUGAUUUGAGUUGUUUAUGAUGGCUCCACCAGUAUUUUAUCUGGAGAGUUUUGCUGAGAUGGUUUCUGCUGAUUUACUGAGGAAACGCAUCAGGUUGGUGACAGCUUGUUCUUUUUUUCCCUGCUCCCUCCAUCUGUGCACAUACAGUAUCAUCUUCUGUACUAGUUGCCUGAACUCUUUUCGGAGUGGCAGAUCGGAGGGAUUUUUUUUUUAUUUGAACUCUGUUUAUUAAAAAGGUCUCUUCCACCUCCACAAGGUCAUUGAUGUAUUUAUUGUCCACAGCCCCAGCUCCAGCCAUGCUCAUACAUCACCCCAGGAGACC